CAUGCGCAUUGAACAUCCUGGUAUAGAUCUGCCCGGAGCCAGUCGCUCCCCGGUCACCGUGCGAAGCAGACGUGUAACAGCACUAAAAUGGGCGUGGGCGCUUUACUGUUGAUCGCGUGCGUGGGCGGCGCCCACGCGUGGGGCGGCCUGUUCAACAGGUUCAGCUCCGACAUGCUCGCCAACAUGGGCUAUGGGAGGUCGCCCUACCACCACUAUCCUUAUGGCCAGGUGGAACCCGAGGAGAUUUACGCGGAGGCUCUGGAAGGCAACCGCAUAGAAGAUGCCGACGACACCCACUGCUACAGCGCUCCUUGCAUCACCAAUGGUGAUUGCUGCCGCGGACUCAUGUGCUUGGAGACAGAGGACGGAGGGCGCUGCUUGCCCGCGUUCGCCGGUCGGAAGCUGGGUGAGAUCUGCAACAGAGAGAACCAAUGCGACGCUGGCCUGGUCUGCGAGGAGGUGAUUCCUGGAGAGAUGCACGUAUGCCGCCCACCCUCUGCCGGUCGCAAACAGUACAACGAGGACUGCACCGCGUCCAGCGAGUGCGACAUCUCGCGCGGACUCUGCUGCAUCAUGCAGCGCAGACAUCGCCAGAAACCGAGGAAGAGCUGUGGCUACUUCAAGGAGCCAUUAGUCUGCAUUGGGCCUGUGGCCACCGACCAGAUACGAGAGAUUGUGCAGCACACCGCAGGCGAGAAGAGAAUCGGUGUCUACAGGAUGCACUAAACCUAAUUUAUUGUUUUAGUUUUCAUAGGUCUAGAGCAGACAUGCGACUUUUAAAAAUACUUGUGGAGUAAAUAGGCAUUUUUUAAAGUAACGCAUUAUAAGUCAGGACAAAUCUUUAUUAACUUGUGAAAUCGUAGUCAAGUGUAAGCAUCUCAUAUUUUGAGAAACAUCAAGUUUUUGAGUUAUUUUAACCUCACAAUUUGUUAGUCCGAUCAUUGGACAUCAUUGGCUAUAUUUUUUUGUAAUAGAAUGAAUGAGGUACAGGCAAAUUUAAUGUUACCGGAUUAAAUGAAGUUCGUCGGUAAUAGACGUUAGAAUUCGCUUGUUUAAGCAAUAUUAUAGCUUUAGUACCUUUGUUAGUUACAACUUACAAGGAAAGAAAGAAGUUCUGGCAUUUUUUUUUAUUCUUACUCUUAAACGUCAGUUAUACCGUGGUUUGUAGCUACACAAAAGUAGCUUUAAACAACUGAGUUUAGCGUACUUGUGUCGCGUGUCUGCUCUGGACUUAUUAUUUUUUUUAAUUACACGGAGUAAAGUAAGACUUUAAAUUAUCUAUGUCUUCAUUCUUGCCUUAUCACUAUUUCUUGCCUUAUAGAUUUAUUGAAGUCUUACUUUACUCGAAGUAAAGUGAUUUUUAAUCGUUUAUAAAUAAAAUAGACACAAAUGUUUUUGUAACUUUUUAUUUAUAAACGAUUGUUAAUAAAAUUUAGAAGAUACAAUAAAAUCCAAUGACGUCAUCAAAAAAAAAUUAAAUUGAAUAUUACCUACAAAUGAAAGCUAAUUUUAUUGUAUUUUCAAAAUUUAGAGAUGAUUAUAUUUGAAAAUACGACCUUUGACAUAAAAUUAUUGAAAGGAAUUCUAUAAAGGAAUUGUGUUAUUUAAAAAAAAGUUACCUACUUAUAUUUACGAAAACCUAUAUACAAAGCACAAAUUAAUAUAUUUUCAUAAUAUUCCGUAACUACUUAAAUAUGUAUUUUCUAUAAAAAAAAGAAACCAAAAAUCUUUAAAAACUACUACAUUAUACUUUCAAUUUUACAUUAACGAUCGUAUUUUCAACUUGCGAUUACGAAAAAAAAAAUAAACCAUACGCUUCGAAAAACGGCCACCGAAAUGCCCUUUUAUUUCGAAUUUUAGAAGCUUUGAGAAAAAUCCAAAAAAGCGUAGAGAGACGUGAUGUUUUUUUGAUUUUUUGAAAUUUUAUUAAUUCAAAAUAAUUAUUGUCGAAAUCACAGUGUGUAGUUGUUAGAAUUAAUUAAAAAAAAUAACCUUAUUAAUAAUAUACUCGUAAAUGUUAUACCCAUUCUUAUGAAUGUUAAAUCACAGUGUUAUUAUCAUUAUUAAUAACUUAACUUUUAAAGUGUUUAAUCUUUAAAUAUAGGCUAGGUUAACUUUAAAUUUAAAAUCUUCAUUAUCAAAACCUAAACAUAUCACUGGCUGAGGCAUUUAUAACGUAUAGUUUAAAAAAAAUAUCUAUGUGUAAAAGUGUUUUACUAAAUUAUAAUAGUAAUACAAUAUAAUUUAGUAUAAGUAACUUUCGCUUAGUUCUAUCCAAAUAAAAACUGUAAUUUUAAGUAAUUCGAUUAAUCUAGGUGCCUAGGAAAAUACAUAUCAUUAUGGAUGUAACUUUUUUUUAAAUAUAUUCCUAGUUAUAUAGAAAAAAAAUAUAAGCAUAUCACGUUUUUUCUUAAAAAAAAAAGUAUAGAUGUAAGUCUAUUGUGGUAUAUGGUGUCUAAGUAUUUUCUUAAAGUUGUAUAGCGAAAAAAAAAACAUAUUUUUCUGCCAAAAAGUUUGUAAUCACUGUUAAAGAUAUAAAAUAUCUUAUUUGUUUCCGAUUGAAAUAACUCUGGUUAAAUAAAAGUGGCCUAAAAUGCUUUUACAUUUUAGAAAUUAUAAAAAAAAAAAUAGAUCGUUCCCGGUUAAUAACUAUCAAAAUGUUUUACAUAGUUUAACAAAAAUUAUUACCUAAUGAAGAAGUUGUUUAUGCUAAGAACUUAACCUUGUGUAUUUAAUAUAUGUGUUAUAUUAUACAAAUCAUGUCA